AGCUGCAGAGACAUACUUACUGUGAGACACCACGUUUCCUUGCUGGAACUGGAGCAAACAUGGAUUUCAUGGGAGCGCACCUAGCUUUUAUAUCCCGCUGGAAAGAAACUGACAAUGAUCUCUGCAGACACAGCAUGUCAUUCAUUCUGCACAAGGCCAUUAGGACUGAUUUCUUUGAGAGCUAUCUCUAUCUGCUAGAACAGAUCCCUCUGGUCAAACUAUAUACUCUAACGAGUGAAGUCAUUAAUGGGGAAAAGCAGUUCUAUGCCAGAGCUAAGGACUUCUACAAAGAUGUUUCUGCCUCUGAAGAGGGUAUGAUGGGUGACUUUAUAGAGCUCUCUGAAAUUGACAUAGAAGGCUCCAGAGAAUUCCUCAAAAAGUUUGUUGGAGGUACAGGAAAGGCUGGCACUGAAUGUGCCCUUGACUGUGGCUCUGGGAUUGGCAGAGUCACAAAGAAUGUCCUCUUGCCAAUAUUUGAAACUGUUGAGAUGGCUGACAUGAUGGAAGAGUACCUGAUCCAUGCACAUGAGAAUUACCUUGGAAAUGACGCAGACAGGAUUGAGACAUACUACUGCUAUUCCCUGCAGGACUUGACUCCACCAGUCAAGAAAUACGAUGUUAUCUGGAUCCAGUGGGUUGCAUGUCAUCUUACUGACAAAGACUUAUUGGAGUUCCUCAUCAAAUGCAAAGCAGGUCUGAAACUGAAUGGAGUUAUAAUAAUUAAGGACAACAUGGCCAGGAAAGGCUGCAGGUUGGACCCCGAUGACAGCAGUUUGAUAAGACACAUUGAUAUUCUAAAGAAUAUCAUUUACAGAAGUGACCUGGAAAUAAUCAGCAUUGAGAAACAGAAAGGAUUUCCAGAGCAGAUGGUUCCAGUGUGGAUGAUUGCUCUGAAGUAACUUUCAAGGAUGCUUUUAGCAUUAGUAAGUAAGACGAAAAUUAUGGAAUGGAAAGGGAUAGCUGAAUGGUCCAUGUGGCCUUUGUUUAGAUUGAAUGUAGCACCCAAAUACUCAAGAUAUACCCAAAUUAAUAAGAAUCAUAAAUUUCUUGGCAGUCAUUUCUCAUCUGUGUUUACACUUCUUAACAUAGCACCCAAGUUUUCCAACCCACAAGUAAUUAAGUACAAUAAAUAUACUUCACAACCACACAAUUUGAGAUAACCUAAAUAGUGAAAAAGUGUUUUCUAUGUAUAUAGCAAUCAUUUAAUUGAUAAAGUUAGCCAUUUCGAAGAUGCCUCUACAACAAGAUAAAGCAUAACCAUAACCACUUUAUUUGAUUUCAUAAUGUAAUUUUAACAUUUGAUCUUAUGGAUUUUUAGGCACAGGAUCAUGGGUACAAAAUACCUUGGGAUAUCAUGCAAAAGGUGCAAAGGUAUUGUUGCUUUCUAGUCAAACCAACAUGUUAGUUGGACUUCAUAAGGCACUGUAGUCUAUUGGCCAAAGAGGCAUACUGGAAACCAUAAGUCUAUACAUUGACUAUGUACUCUAAUCAAGUUUUAGCUCUAUGCUCUCAUAAAAAAAUCCUUUGUAUUACACGCUGUAAUGCACAGUUAAUUACAGUAUACAGGACUUUAGACAGCUGCUUAUUCUAAAAGGCACUUUAUAAUAAGAAUGAUUUGUUCAUUACAGAGGAAGCCUCUCAGAAACAGUUUGUAAAAGUUUGUUGUCCAGAUGUCAUAUUUUUAUUAUUUAUUACAAGACUUAAA